GGUCAGUUAUCUUCAAGUGAAACUCACUCACAACACUGAAAGAUGGCUCAGACACUAGCACUUCAGUUUCUUACUUUACUCCUUUUCUUCUUCAUGAAUGGACAGGGCAUCACUGCAAGAGACUUGAAGACAGAGUUACGAGAUGUGGAUUCCAAUGAACAACCUUACAUUACACAGUACGGACACACUAAACCAGAUUAUGCAGCUUCAUAUAAUACUCAUGAUUCCAAUGGACCUUACAAAACUUCCUACGGUAACCAUGAAGCCGAGAAACCAGAUUAUAAUACCGGAUAUAGGACUCAUACCGAUGAAUCCAAUGGACCGUACAAAACUUCCUACGGUAACCAUAAAGCCAAGCAACCAGAUUAUAAUACCGGAUAUAGGACUCAUACCGAUGAAUCCAAUGGACCGUACAAAACAUCCUACGGUAAACAUGAAGCCAAACAACCAGAUUACAUUACAUCGUAUAGGACCAAAACCCAUGAAUCCAAUAAACCUUAUGUAACUGCCUAUGGUAACCAUGAAGCCAAACAAACAGAUUACAUUACCUCCUAUACCCUUGAUCACAAAGGCCUCACUUCUCCAAACACAGAAGAUCUAGAAGGGUCUGCAUCUUCCAAUACGGAUCGGACAGAAGCUUUCAAGACAGGAUAUUUCGAUAUCAAUGAUCUUUAUGUUGGACAUGUAAUGACCCUCCAGUUUCCAGUCCAAGAGGUUUCUCCAUACCUCUCAAAAAAAGAGGCUGACACCAUUCCUCUCUCAAAAUCUCAACUUCCAAGUGUUCUACAACUCUUCUCAAUCCCUGAAGAUUCUACUCAAGCUAAAUCGAUGAUAAAAACACUUGAAGAGUGUGGAGGAGAAACCGUUACUGGAGAGACAAAGAUCUGUGCCAAUUCUCUAGAGUCCAUGCUUGAAUUUGUUGACACAAUUUUUGGUUCAGACACCAAACAUAGUAUUCUCACUACAAGCAUGUCAACACCUACAGCUGCCCCUCUACAGAAGUACACCAUUUUGGAAGUAUCACAAGACAUUCAUACUCCAAAAUGGGUAGCUUGCCAUCCCCUACCUUACCCAUAUGCAAUUCACUAUUGCCAUUACAUAGCAACAGGGACUAAAGUGUUCAAAGUCACACUUGUUGGUGAUGAGAAUGGAGACAAAAUGGAAGCUCUUGGAAUUUGUCAUUUGGAUACAUCUGAGUGGAACCCAGAUCACAUUAUAUUCAAGCGUCUUGGAAUUAAGGCUGGGAAGAAUACUCCAGUGUGUCACUUUUUUCCUGUAAACCAUCUUAUGUGGGUUCCUGUGGAGACUUCAAAAGCCACCAUGUGAAGGGAGAUGAACUAUCUAGAUAUGUAAAAUAAAGGUUGAUCCACCUUACCAAUCUGCAAUAGCUAUAGCCUGCAUGUUGGUGGUGAGUGAUGACUGAUGACCAAUUUCCUAAUUGUAUGUUGUUUGUUAGUUGCUUUAUGUACAAGUAAAUUAAAUAGUUAACGUGGUUGGAUAAAA